AUGGAUGAUGUUUGGGUUUUGUUUGGGAUGCAAUUUAUUGCUUCCAAUGUAGAAAAACUGUAUCAUUUCAAGAUGUUCACUUCUAAACCUGCUUUCAGAAUCAAGAAUAAAACCUCCAAAUCAUAUAGAAACACAGCAGUUUCAAAAAAGCUGAAAGACAAACCUAUAAUUAAUCAUGUGAAGCCAAGCUGCUUCAAUGUUAUUCGACCACUCAAGAAGGAUAUUCAAAUUCCUGUACCUUCGUCUCGAUUUUAA